ACAACUACUAAACCUUUAGAAAUGAAAAACAGGGCUCGUCUAUUUUAUUUCGGCCAGGCUUGUUUUCUCAGACCAGGGGUUGCUAGUUUUUCCUGAGAUCUGGCAACAGUGCUGCCGGCGCGCGAGUCAAAGCGCGAGACUUUGCAGAGAAUCGGACAGAGCGUAGGCACGCGUCGUACCCAUGGACUACAGGAAUGACUCGAUUCUUGUGUCCAACAUUUAUAUGUUUGUUUCAGCAGAUUUUUAUCGAUUACUGCCACUUACCUCCUUUCAGUGACCUAAACGGGUUUUGUUCCUGUAAUUCAUUGGGUAAGUAAGUGCUGGUGGACACCUUUGCUGUUGUUUCAGGACUGGGACAUCGUAUUUACGUCAAUAUUUUGGAUAUUAGAUGAGCGAAAAGUUCUGGACCUCUCAUUUUGGACAGUAAUAUUGUCAGAGGCGUGUUCUUCACCAGCGUGAAAGUACGACACAACUUAAACAAUUUUGUCCGCGGAAAGACUGAAUUUUUUGUAUCGGGUUGAUGUUCAUUUUCUUAACAGGAGUAAAAAUACAACUCGGAGUCAUUGAAUGAAAUGCUCAUGCCGCGGUUGAUGGAGAAACAUUUCUAAGAAAUCACCCGCAGUGGACCUGGCACCCCGUAUCAGAAUGAGUGCGCUUCAAAACAUUUAACUUCACCCCCAUGCACACUAGUAAUAUUGUUUGAAAUUCAUCCCAAAUCAGAUUCAUACAUUGACCAAAUGGCUUUGCCUUCUCAAAUUUGACAAAAAUUGGGACUUUCAGUUGAGGUCAUUGACUCCUUUGAAUGGAACAAAGGAGGUUAAUGUUUCUGAAUCUGCUCUUUUUUACAAACUUUCAGAGAUUUGUUCUCAGAGUCUUUCAGAUGUGGAUGUUGCGGUCACACCAUCUCCUCAAGUGCAGAGGGAUCUAGUGAAGUUCAGUGCUCCAUCAGUCUUUUGUCUCUGUUGGGUCCCAUUCAUUUGUCUUGUAGGAGGAACAUGGGAGUCCAGACAAGGGGAGCCUGGGUGGGUAUGGCGUUCUCGGACUGGGUCAGUGGAUUGGGAAUUCUCUUAAUCUUCCUGAUGGAGAGUUUAGCAGUUGAUGCGACCAACAUGGAGCCAGUUUACUGGAACACAUUGAACAAAAGGUUUGGAGAUGAAAGGGGCUACAUACUCUACCCUCAAAUAGGGGAUCGUUUGGACCUUGUAUGUCCUGCCACGAGUCCAUCUGGGCCGAACUCUCCCCCUGAGUAUGAGUAUUAUAAACUCUACCUCGUGUCCUCACGAGAGCAGGCUGACAGGUGUGAGGUGAUGGGUGCCCCGAACCUGUUGCUCACCUGUGACAAACCCAACAGCGAUAUGAGGUUUACCAUCAAGUUCCAGGAGUAUUCGCCAAACCUGUGGGGUCACGAAUUCAAGAACUUGCGAGACUAUUACAUCAUAGCUACCUCUGACGGUACAAAAGAAGGAAUCGACAGCAUGAGAGGAGGCGUCUGCGUGACGCGAGGGAUGAAGCUGAUUCUCAAAGUGGGACAGACUGCAUAUGGCCUUCCCCCAAAGCCCAAACCUGAUCCAGGCAGACCCAGCAACAGAAUCCCAGAUACAGAAAGUGGCUCUAAAGCAGGUGAUGGGAGUGAGUCCGGUGAGAGGGGAGACAACGGGGCCGUGUCCGUCUCUAACAUCGCCUUAAUCACCGCCGGUGCCGGGGGAGCCCUCAUCCUCCUGAUCGCUGUAGUGAUCACUGUGGUGUGUUAUCGCCGACGGAAAGCCAAGCACUCCGAAUCUCACCACCCCGCCCUUACGCUCUCCUCUCUUUCCCCAAAGAGAGGCAGCAGCUGCGGGGCAGCUACGGGAGUCGGCGGGGGCAACAAUAAUGGCUCAGAGCCCAGUGAUAUCAUCAUUCCCCUGCGGACCUCUGACUCGGCGUACUGCCCCCAUUACGAAAAAGUCAGUGGUGAUUACGGACACCCCGUCUACAUCGUUCAAGAGAUGCCCCCUCAGAGUCCAGCCAAUAUUUACUACAAAGUAUGAGAUCAGCGAACACGCAGACAGCCCAUCCUGAAUUUAUGGUACCUCACACACAUGCGCUGUGUCCAAGUGACUCUAUAUGUAAGAGCCUAUUCGCAGUACUAGAACUUGGACCUGAAGUUGAGUUCCAGAAAAGUGGUAAAUCCAGAUUUAAUGUCAAAGCAGUGUGUUUGUGUUUAUUUACACGUGUGUGUCUCUGUGCGCGGAUCACGGAUUUUAUAUGUACUCAGGUGCAAGUACAUUUACAUCAUCUGCUUCUUGGAGAUACGUUUAAACAUCCGUUCUGAUGGUUGAAACUCAGUUAUUGUGCUUAUCCUCAAAACCAAACAGUAUAGAGUGAUUCAUACAACGAAUACCUGUAUAAAUAAUAUAAGUACUUCUUACAUUUUUAUACGCUGGGGGGAAAUUCAAGAAAGUGCACUGGCUGAUUGCAUUUGUUUAUUUGCACAUGCAUUGUUUUAGUCGUCCAUUCACUAAAGGAAAUCCGGUAUCAAAAGAUCUAAACACCGCCUCCACGCCACAAUUCCCCACCUUGCUGAAUUGCAGAUUAGCACAAUUUGGCAUACUUUACUGGAACUGUACCGUAUCGCUAAGAUCCAGACAACUGACUGACUCUUUAAAAUGCCAAAAACAGUUUUGACUCCAUUGUGCGUCUAGAUAGGUUUCUAUUUAAAAGCUUUUUUCAUCAUUUGAUGAAUUAACGUCAUCAUCACUAGAAACUUUACACAGACUUCUUUUUUCAAAUGUUAGCACAUUUUUGACAAUUUUGGGUACCAGACAAAACAGAUGUCAUCUGACGUGAUCUGGUGAAGACACAAAAUUCAAUAUCCCUAGCACUUUGGAACAGUCUAACAUUUUUGUGUAGUUGGCAGAAUCAAGCUUUUUUGGCUUAGUUGGAUCUGUUGUUUUGCGCAUUCUAAAAUAAGGCUAAUUUUCAUAGAAAGGAGGCAUGUUUGCGCUGAAACAGAAAAAAUGCUUUAAUAAUUCACUGAAAUUUUUUUAAUAUUAUUCCAUCGCACAAAACGCUUGUUAAACUGGAUUGUGGCAAGUGAAUGAGACGCCGAGUGUACUGGUGCAAAAGUAGUGCAACUGUUUAGUGAAUUCGUCCCUCUUUAUUUUGUUUUUCUCAGUUCAUCUGAUUGUAAAUGUUUGUCUUUUCUGAACUCGGACCUCCAUCUGAUUUAUUUAUUGAGCAUCAAAGAAACAGUUUUUCAUUCCUUUCACUUCAUCAGUUUCCUAUCGCAACUCCCUAGCACCCGGUUGUUUGUUUUUGAGGUUUUUCAAACAUUUUUAUAUGAGCAGCAGGAAUCGCAUGUGGAGGAGUUGUAGACGGAUGUUCGACUAUUUCAGAUGGAGACUCUUCUGAGGUUUCCAAGAGGUUGGAGGUCAAAGUUAAGCGGUCAGAGAAAAACCCCUCAGCGCUGCGUGGGAGUCCUUCACUCAGGAUGAUCUGAGGGGUUCUCACUCUCUGCCUGGCCUUUUGAAGUAUUGUGUACUUCAUGAUAAACUGCUCACUAACCCUAGACACACAAUGCCAAACUUCUAUACACUUAACACACACAUCCACAUUACUGCAGUUUGUGUUUUCAUGUGUUAACCCCCGCAGAUGGACUUCAGCUGUGCGUUUGAAUGUGUUUCAAAGAGUUGUGGUUCAAGCUGAAGACUAAGAGAUCUAAUGCAACUGUGCAUCUAAAUUAACUCAGUCACAAACUCUCCACAUCCUCUUGAGUGUUACACAUAUCCGUUGCUUGGUUACAAUCUCUUCUCGACUCUCAUUAUCACAUUUCGGGUGAUGUCUCCAAACCAUCUCUGACAUUAUCACCCCUGUGCCAGCUUGAGGCUUCAGGUCCACAGUUCACCAGAGUUAUUUCACUGGAUGAGACAUGACAUCAUCACGAGAGACAGUACGUUACCAGCCGGAGUGACCCCGAGCUUUUUGGUUCAGACUUCUCUCUUUACGUCUGUGUUGAUUUAAGGAUUUCUUGCCGUCAUUACCAUAAAUGACUAACUACCAGAAAUGGCACCUUUAUCAUUUUGUCAUGGGAUUUUUUUUUUUAAAUGUUUUUAUUCUUCCUGUUUUAUUGCUUUCAACAGUGUUAAUUUGUUUGUAGAUUGAGCAAAUGAGAAUAUAUUAAAUGAAGGAAAAACAAACAGUUUUAUCCAACCUACCCUGCUUGUGUCUGUGGUAAUCCUCGAUGGUAACUAGCAUUGGGAGCUGUAAGAACAAUUGUGGUUCUGAUUCCCUUUAACUGUCCCAUUGACUAUUCCUUUAGUACAUCUGAAGAAAGACAUUUGCAUUUAUUGCAUUUGCUGUCCUUAAGAGUCUGUCGCCAAAUGAUGGACUUUUCACAGACUUUUUAAUGGUGACAAAUUCAAUCCAAUAAUUAGUCCUAACUAUGUAUUAAAUAAAAAACUAAACAUGUCAAAAAUGUGGUAAGAUUUUCUAUUUUCCUAUUGUCAUUAAUUAAUUAGUCUUUAUAAAUACAACCAAUUACAAAAAACAAAAACACAAAAAAAAACGUGCAUCUUUAUCUGAACAUUGCCAUAUGAACGUUGAGUCGGGAAAUACACUGAGUUAAGUCACACAAGCCUUAAGACCGAAAUAACAAAAAUAAUAACUUUUACGGUACUCAUUUGUUCGGGAAUCAGACUACAUUGGUCAUCCUGUAUGUGUGUGAAUCACAAUGAAGAGAUAAAGAUAUUGAGUUGUAUUUAAGAUGCUUAUUAGCAAGUAAUUGGAUAUCUAUGAGCAGAACUUUAUUCUGCUUCAUUUGUGAGUUAUGUCUGCAAAAUAAUUGGUACUUGUUACUAAUGAAUGGACGGGAGAUUUUUUUUUUUUUUUUUUUCACAAAGUCUGCAUAUAUUCUCCAGAUUUUUUUCUGAUGCACCAAUAUUCACAAUGGCUACGUCCAAAAUCACAUACUGUACUCUCAUGAGUAGAUACUUAUUUUGAUUAAGUAAUUACUUCGCAAUCACUAAAAAAGUGUGUUCUGUAGGAUGAAUGUGUGUGGUGCUGCAUAAAUGUAAUCUGGAAGUACUACAGUACGUCUGUGAUGUUGCCAUUGUCACGUGACCUAUCAGCGUCAGUUGUGUUGCUUCUCUGUCAUUCACAAGUCCUUUCUCUUGGCCUCAUGGAAAAGUAAAUUGCCCAUCAUAUUCGCACUUAAGGAUCUCGCUGAUAGUAGUAGGUCAUCCUGGUCUUUUUUCUAUACUGUCUUACGAUUACUGUGAAUUUGGACAUACUUCUUUUGUUCCAUACUUUUUUUCUCCUACUAUAUAAGAGGGAAGUAUGCCAUUUCGGAUACAGCCAGAGACUGUUGUGUCGUUAUUUGAGGGAGUUUUUAUAUUGUGGUAUUCGAGAAGGAUGCAUUUCCAGACUACUGCCCCUGCAGGCCUGGAGGAACCAUUGUCAGGCUUAUUCAUAUUUUAUAUUUUAUUUUAUUUUUAUUAUUAUCAUCAAUGUAUAAUUUCUCUUUCACACCAGCAUUAUGUGAUAUACUCUGCUGAUUUUCAUCCUGAAAGAUGUAAAGCACUUUUUUGGCUAGCCAGGCCAUGGGUUAGGCAGGGUUUUUUUUGUGUUUGUUUGUUUUGUUUUGUUUUUCUUCUUUGUUCAGCUCCUCUGUUUAGCAAAGGCGAGCCAUCUGGCCUGAAUAGUAUUGACCUAAGCCACCCAAAGCAUUUCAAUACCUACCAAAAAUUUCCAACAGUGACCACAAAAUGACACCAAACCCUGUUUUACAUUUUACAUAGUCAUUCAAUACUGGCUAUUAUACUUGUAUUUGUUUACAUUUGUCAACUAACCUAAUAUCAUAAUUUGAGAUGCCUUUCUCUGAAGUGUGAUAAAGACUGUUUCUAACUCAACAGUAUUUCUAUAAACAAUGCUGUUUUCAAGAGGACGUUUUCAGUGUUUUAAAAAUCCCAGUUGUACUGGACAGGACUUGAUGUUUGGACUAUGUUGAGAUGUUAUUAAAAAAAAAACAUCAGGCAAUGUUAAAUAAAUGUUAAUACGUUUAAGAAGAUGUUGAGAUUAGACAUUGGGAAUAACUGUUUGUUGCACCUAUUCCUUUACUCUCUCUUUUCUCUCUCUCUCUCUCUCUCUCUCCAACCAAGACACUCUAUCAAAUAAAGAUUACAUUCCAUGCAGUAAAACUCACUGAUAAAACUAAAAAACUUGCUUCUGAGCUGGUUUAUCAUGGCUAUCAUUCACCUUUAUAACAGUGGUUCUCAAACCUCCCAGAGGGUGUUUUUACCACUGCUUGUUGUUUUUUGCUGUUUUUGACAGUUCUUCGUUAGGUUUCCCUCUUUCCUCAUUCAUUCUUGCUCACUUGAUCUCAUAAUAUCUUCCCACAGUUCACCUCUGUUGUUACUCUGUUUGUCCAUUGACUCGAUACGGUUCACUGCUGGCUUGUAAUAAUUGCUUGAUGACAUCACUGGCAUUUUAAUGGCACAAUCACUCCCUUCCCCUCCCGGUUUUGCUCGUUCUGUCUUCCUUCUUGGUUCAUCUCUCUAUAUCAGUGUUUGAUGUGUUGCCCCCGUCAAGUCUGGGCACUGAAUCAAAUGGGCACUUUGACAAGCGCCAUAAAAACCCCUCACUACCAAAACCCCACAUGACCCUUCGCAGUAUAGAUGUAAGAACCGAUGGCUGCUGCAUUUGAGCGUCUGUUUGUUCUUGAAACAGACUCUGGCAGAGUGUGAUAGAGUUGUUUUUCCGUCCAAUAAUAUCCAAGCCAGCAGGCCUCUGACAGGCUGUCAGAGACGAAGCUGUUAAGACAGAAGCGCAAGCGCAUGUGGAGACACACACUUUGAUUCGAGAUAUUGUUACAUGUUAUCAGUUUCAGAAUCAUUCAUUUUCUUUCGGUUCAUUCACCAGGAAAUUAAACGGAUCCCUUCAAUUCAAAUAUUUAUUCAGAAUCUGUACCCCUCUCCACCGACAGAUGCUUCUGCCCAAAACCGUGGCAUUAUUAAAGUGGUUCCGGCACAAUAUGAUAUUAUAGGCAAAUUUAAAUGCAGAAUUUUUUUCCCAUACUCCUCUGAGGCUGUGUGCGUGAUUGACAGGUCGUAUCAUACGGUGUGUACUCCUCUUUCUCUGAAACUCACCUUCGCUUUGCCAAUGGCCGCCUGAAGGGAGAGGGUCCGUCUGGGCCUCAUAGAUAGCGAAACUGUGUGUGUCUGUGUUUGUUUUCGUUCGGCUGUUUGUGUGUGUGGAGAGUUCGCCAGCGAAUUGGAGGGUUGGCUAGAGGCGAGCCAACCCUAGAGGUUAGCACUGAAUCUUUUCGUUUGUGUGUAUGGUGUGCGCCCUACAAAUUCUUCUGUUUAUUGACCUGUACAUAUGCUGGAGCAGGUCUUUCAUUAAUUACCAACUUAAAUGUUACACACUAGGAUCCCUUUCAGAAUUUGCAUAACUGUCAACACACACACACAUACUGCUGUAAAGUUUUAUUGAUAUUCUGACAUACCAGGACUAUCUCUGCUUUUUUAAACCACAUGAACAGAUUUCACACCAUCUGUGUACCAUCAGUGAAUCACAUACACACAUAUACUAGCAAUUCUAGCACGCACACUUAGUAUUGUUCAUAAUAUUUGGCAAAAGUGGGUUAUUUUGCUACAUACACACACAAGCUCUGCUGCCUACAUAGGCAACAUUCUAACUGUUAUUCUUAUGUUGAUAUUCUAAUAGUACAAUAUUCAUAAGCAUGGAAAUACACACCGUUAUGAAAAUUAACUAUGGUUUAAAAAAAAUAAAACCAAAAGAGCAUGGUUACUAUAGUUAAACCAUGGUAACCACAAACAACCAUGGUUUUGCAACACUAACCAUAGUUUAACCAUUAUAGUAAAACUGUGUUUAUAGUAAAACUGUUAUACAAAUGGUAAUCAAUACGUCAAAAAAAAGGUAACUCAUGGUUAAUUUUUGUAAGGGCAGUACACAAAAAUUAUGGCAAAAGUCCAUUUUAACUGAGCAAACACAGAACAUUCCAGUAAUGUUAGUGUAUGGUUUUCAUUUGGUUGUUUUUAUUGGGAACCAAUAAUUAUUCUCAGAAUGUUCCCAAACACUGGAUUGGCAUUUGAUUUCAACAAUUUGAAAUGAAUUUAGCUGCUAAGCUAAUUCACAAUACUCAUUUACCUAGAAAACAAAGGAUGCACAAAUAAUAGACAAAAUGGUCCGUUUUUACUUCGCAAACAGAACUUUCCAUGUUCCAAGAACAUUCUGGGGACCAAACAUUCUUAGCGGGAUAAUUGUGUUGAAUUUAAAUGUGCUGGAUAAAAAUGUUAAAUUGAAUUAUAGAUUUAUUUAUAAUCAACAUUCUCUUGUA